CACGCCCUUCAGUGAGCCACACACACACGUGCGAAAUAAGCUUUUCGAAUUAAAUUUGGAUUUCAAAAGCCAAUGCUUCAAAAUAAAUUGAAGCUUUUUCUUUGGAAACCGAUAUGACGUACAAGAGAAGGAAGUACCACAACGGAGAUACUCACUUGAAAAAGGGAUGGCGCACUAAGAGACGCACUAAAGAUUUGGAUGAGAUCGACGCAGACUUGAAACCUGAAGUAGCAGAAAAACUCCUGAACCAGGAAAUUGACCUUGACAAACCAGGAGAAGCUCAACAUUAUUGCUUGCAUUGCGCGAGAUACUUCAUCAACGAUCAGGCUCUGCAGGAACAUUUCCGUACUAAAGUGCAUAAGCGAAGACUGAAAGCCUUGGAACUAGAGCCAUACAGCAUUGAAGAUUCAGAGAAAGCAGCAGGACUUGGCAAUUUCCAGUUGCCGAAGAAAAGGAAAAUUGCGACCCAAGGAACAGAGGCUGAUGAUGAAUCAAUAGCUUCUGCAGACCCACAAUGA